UUCUUGGUUUCUAAAGUGGGAAAUCAAACCCCACUUUGGACGAGCCUUUGAAUUUGUGAUUGGUAGAGUCCUUUUUAAUCUGACAUUUGGGAAAUUCUCACUGCGGUUGGUUCAAUUUGUCUCUCCACUUUCGAAGAGUCUCUAAUCUCGGCUUUGCUUAUGAAUUCUGUAUUAUAAGGUGAAUGCUUGCCUCCUUAUGUUCUUUUUUCUAUUAUCUCCUCCCUAGCUCCCUUCCUCCCUCUGAAUGAUCUGUUUUUUUUUUUUCGACCCCAAAAGUUUGAAUAUCUCUGUGGAAGGGAGUGGUUUGUUUCUUACAUAAAGAAUUUGAUGUUCAGUCCCCCAAGAUUUUAUAUAGUCUAUGUCUUAAAGUUGAUUUCUAGGAGUUCAAUGGUUAUGUGUGCCGGUUCUUAUAUCUAGCUGAUUUGACCCGGAAAUAAGAAAAUGUUGAAAUUUCUGAAUUUGGUCUGAGCAAGCUUUGUCAUCUAGCAGCUUGAAUUUUGAUAACAUUUCUUGCUGACAAGAUCCCUGGUACUGCUCUGGCUUGGUUGUGCCAAGAGAAAAUUAGGUUGUUUUGCAAUGCAAGCAUCUCACAAACGUCAAAUUUCAGAUAGAUCUGGUAGAGUCUACAACCAGCAGGUGCAAGAAAUGGAAUCCUACUGCUGGCCUCCCCUCAGGAGUGUUGAUCACCGGACAUGCUUAGAUGAUGGUAGCCAGGGAAACCGCUAUUUAGUUCGGACUUCAGACCCAUACUGCACCCUUGAAUCAUCUUCGGCAACUGGUGGUUAUCUUGUUUACAAUUCUUCUUCUACUGUGAGUUUUUCUCCCAAUGGAAGCCCUGUGUCGCAACCAGAUUCUCAGUCAUUCCCAUCAGACCCGCAUCAUUCUCCGGACAAUACUUAUGGCUCACCUUUGUGUGAGUCUUGCAUAACAGAUGAUGUUAAGGAUCUGCAGCAUAAGCUGAGACAAUUGGAAACGGCUAUGCUAGGUUCUGACUUAGGUACCUUCAACGCAGACUAUAAUACCAUGGGUGGACCUGACCAAAUUUCAUCAGAAACAGAGAACUGCCAACAAAUGAUGGAGAGAAUCUCUAAUGGGGACUUGAAAGAGGUGCUCCUCGCCUGUGCAAAAGCAGUAGCAGAUAAUGAUCUAUUAACAGCUGAAUGGCUGAUGUCAGAGUUGCGCCAGAUGGUGUCUGUUUCCGGUGAGCCCAACCAAAGGUUAGGAGCAUACAUGUUGGAAGGACUAGUUGCAAGGUUGGCAUGUUCAGGAAGUACCAUCUACAAUGCCUUAAAGUGCAAAGAACCCACUGGUCCAGAACUCCUUUCACACAUGCACUUACUCUAUGAGUUGUGCCCAUACUUCAAGUUUGGUUAUAUGUCUGCAAACGGAGCAAUUGCUGAAGCAAUGAAGGAUGAAAGUAGGGUCCAUAUAAUUGAUUUUCAGAUUGCACAGGGUGGCCAGUGGGUCACCCUCAUCCAGGCUCUUGCAGCUCGGCCUGGUGGGCCGCCACAGAUCCGCAUCACUGGUGUAGAUGAUUCUACAUCAGCUUAUGCCAGGGGAGGUGGACUUGAUGUCGUGGGUGAGAGGCUAUCCAAGCUUGCAGCAUCAUGUAAGGUGCCGUUUGAGUUCCAUGCUGCUGCGCUCUCUGGCUGUGAAGUCAAGCUUGAAGAUCUUCAGGUUCGACCCGGAGAAUCCCUAGCUGUGAAUUUUGCAUUGAUGCUUCACCAUAUGCCAGAUGAAAGUGUGGGUACUCAGAAUCAUCGAGACCGACUCUUGAGGUUGGUUAAGAGCUUGUCCCCCAAGGUAGUGACUCUUGUUGAGCAAGAAUCCAACACCAACACUACCCCAUUCUUUUCUCGGUUUGUUGAGACAAUGAACUAUUAUUCAGCAAUUUUUGAAUCCAUUGAUGUGACUCUGCCAAGGGAGCACAAGGACCGGAUCAAUGUUGAGCAGCACUGUCUGGCUCGGGAUAUUGUCAACAUAAUAGCGUGUGAGGGGGCAGAGAGAGUGGAACGUCAUGAACUUCUUGGAAAGUGGAGGUCACGGUUUGUCAUGGCUGGGUUUACACCAUACCCUUUAAGCCCAUUGGUGAAUGCUACUAUAAGGGGUCUGCUGGAAAACUACAGUGAGAGAUACAGACUUGAAGAGAGAGAUGGGACUCUGUUUCUUGGCUGGAGAAACCGAGCUUUAGUUGCCUCUUGUGCAUGGAGAUGAAAUCCAACCAAAGGUUUAUGUAUGCUUCAUAGUUUUAGGCAGGUGAUAUACAGCAUAUUUCCCUUUCACUUAUCUGAAUGUUGUGUUAGUAUUGGUACUUUUUAAAGUAUCAAAUAUACCCUCUUAGACUAUGUACCAUUCCAUAAUAAAUAAUCUUUUUGUUUUU